AAAGAGAGCAGCGCAAGCUAAUUCCCCCGCUACGGAUGCCACGACUGAUUGUAAGAGGGUCUCUGAUGGUGUGAACGCAAACUUACUUGACAAAUGUCCUCGGAUAAUGCAUAUCUGUAAAAGAGUAGAGAAACUUUCAACUGAAGUUCGGCAGGAGACGAAUUAAGAAAUGUCGUAAUGUACGGCACAAGUAUCUCAAAUCACGUAGAAAGACCUUGGCCAUUGGGUUUCUUAAAGUAAAAAUCGUUGCAAUCGGUCCUUCGAAGGAGUCCGUUUUAAUCUGGCAACGAGACGAUCCUCCUCGUUCUGUUGAUAUGGCCGUCGUCGAGGAAUUUGAUUAUUUAUGUCGACUAUGCGCAACUAAAACUGGUAUCCUAAUGGGAUUACCAAUUUUCGAAGCCGGCGAUCAGAUGCGCAACAUUGACAAGAAAAUAGCCGCGUGUUUGCCAGUGCAGGUGUCUAUGACUGAUCAACUGCCAAAAGUGGUAUGCGAGGAGUGUGCUUACAAAUUGGAUCAGUUAUUUGAUUUUCGUGAGAAAUGUUUACACACUGAGGGAAUGUUCAUGGAAAUGUUAAAGGAAAUUGCCAAGCAGGAGAUUGUACGCAUAUCGAAAAGGGAUUUGGAAGAAGUAGAAGAAAUGAAGAGAAUUCAAAGGAAUAUUAACAGAAUACAGAAUGACAUGGAAAAUGUACAGAGUCAUGUAACCACUCAGGAAACAGCAGAGCCUACUAUACAUACCAUGCAAGUCAUGGAUGAAAUAGAUUUGGCAGCUGGUGAACAAGUUGUUACACAAGAAGAGAUGGGACAACAGGAUACUGAUAUUGAGGUUACUGGUAUCGACUGUUUAGAUGGAGAUACAGCCAGAAUGGUGGAUGAACAUAUACGAGAAGUUUCCAAUCAUCAAAUAGCAAUGCAUUUGGAGGGUGAUAUGACUGUAGUUGGGAAUUUAACAGUGAGCGGUCAUUUGAGUCAAUUAGGAAUAAAUUAUGUUACUUCAAUAAAUCCUGAAGAUCAAAAUCGCGAAUCAAUUGUACAUUACUGUGACAAUGUAAAAUAUGAAUCAGUACCAAUAAAACAGGAAUAUCACAGGUUGCAAGAUAGAUUGCCUACAGAAGAUCCAACAAAUGUACUCGAAAAUAAUGUAUCACAUGAGAACUUUGCUCCUACUCAGCCAGAAACUGGUAGUGAUAUAGAAGAAACACGUGUAGUUGAAAGUGAAACUCCUAACCAUACAACUUCUCAAACAAAUACUAUGGCGUCAACAAGUCAAAUAACAACUGAAAGUCCAGAAAUUUUAGUAGAAUAUACAAAAAGAGCCAAGCAUGCGUUAUUAGAAUCAACGUUGAAUAAUCCUACAGUAGAUGAAACAGGCUCACACUGGUAUGUGUGUCCAUUUUGUAAUGAAGCGACGUUAGGAUCAAAUAAUAUGAUAGCACAUUUCGAACAAUAUUUCUGCUGCUGUCCCUGUGGUUUAUAUUUUACAAGUGUAAAUGCCUUAAAUGUACAUAAAGAAAGAUGUGAUGUAUAUAAAAGUAAAACCAUCAGCAAAGAAAAAGAAGUUGUAGAGCCUGAGUUAGCGUCUUCUCAAAAUGACAUAAAUAUAGAAGAAAAGAAACAGACAACGGUAAGGCAAAAAUGGACUCCAAAGGUUUGUACUCAAUGUGGAAAACAAUACAGAACGAAUUACAAGUUGCAAGAACAUAUGCGGAAACAUACUGGUGAAAAGCCUUUUCAAUGUGUGACUUGUGAAAAAGCGUUUCGUAGUAAAAUCGGGCUUGCACAACACACAGCCACGCAUACAGGACAAUUUGAUUAUAAUUGCUCCACGUGUGGUAAAGGUUUUCAAUCUAAAAGUUAUCUUGUCCUUCACCAAAGAGUGCAUUCAGAUCUGAAGCCUUUUCCAUGUAACACUUGUGGACAACAUUUCAAAACAAAACAGUCACUGUUGGAUCAUCAAAACAGACAUCUCGGAGUCAAACCGUAUGUCUGCGAAAUCUGCGGUAGAGGUUUUAUAACGAAAGGACUUUGUAAAAGUCACCAGAAAAUACAUUCAGGCAUGGAUAAUCGUCAGUAUCCAUGUGUGGUAUGCAAUAAAAUGUUUGUUAGUAAAAGUUAUCUGAACACGCAUUUACGUAUUCAUACGGGUGAAAAGCCGUAUUUGUGUGAAGUUUGUGGUAAAGGAUUUUUAACAAGAGUCGAUCUUAAGAUUCACUCGACAAUGCAUACAGGAGAGAAAAGCUUUAAAUGCGAUAUGUGUGGUAAAGUAUUCGCCAGAAGGGCGGCGUUAAGGUGUCACAGAAGAUUGCAUACCGGAGAACGGCCUUACAGAUGUGACGUAUGCGGUAAAACAUUCACACAGUUCACUCCUAUGGCCAUUCACAAAAGAUUACAUACUGGAGAACGACCGUAUGAAUGUGACGCAUGUGGCAAAACAUUCGUAUCGCGAUCGACGAUGAUGUGUCAUAAAAAAAAGCACCACAGUGCACCACCGGUGCAAAAAGAUGAACCAGUUCCUCGUCAAAGUGAAGUGAAAAAUAUAUUACCAGCAGAAAUUGUACUUCGAGAUUCCCAAGAAGGAAUUCAAAUUACCGCAGAUUGAAACUUACAAUCAAACGUUGGGAGACGUCGAAGUAUAUACGAACAACGCAUGAUAGAAAAUGAAAUAUCGAGUCUGCAUUUUAUAAAAAGCGGCAUUAGUCACCACGAUGUAUUCCUUUACUGUAGCAUAUAUGUUAAAAUUAUAUACAAAGAAUAUAUUUUCGAGAAUUCUUUGCAAGGGAUAACAAUGUUUUCUAAAGUCACUUAUACAUAUAAAAAGUAAAGAAGAAAUUAAAUCAUUGUUUACAUUAUCAUUUUCUUUUUAUAUCGGUAUUGAUAUUUUAUCGAAGUAUGUUGUUUUUAAAUUGCCUACUUUAAUAUUUGCAAUUUGUUUUGCUUUGAAACUAUUUGAAGAUUGAUAAUUAUUGUUAAUCAAACCAUUAAGCUUAUUUGCAAGCUUUUACGUAUGUGCAUUAUAGAAUCUGAUUUUUAGCUUGCGAUAAUAUAUAUAUAUUUUUUUAAUAACGUAUUAAAAAGAUUAUUAUGAUUUUUUUUAGAAAUUUCUCGAAUUUUGAUCAAAUAUGUAUGUUUAUUUUAAUGAAGAUCGAAUUAUAAACAAAUUGAAAUGAGCCAAUUAAUAAUUUAUUUUUCAGCGUAUUUCUGAGAAAUGUAACGUGUAUUGUCAUUGAAAUAACACAAGCGUUAUUUAUUUAAAAACAUAUGGAAAUAUGUUAGGAAAAAUGAUCCACUUUAAUCAUUACAUGAGAAUUUACACUUUAUAUUGUGUGUAAUAUAAAUUGUUAUAAAUGUCACGAAACAGAAAGAAACAAAACGACAUAACAUCCACUAGCUGUAUAACAUAAAACAUGAUUAUCAUAAAGAAAAUAAAGUAUUUUCUUAUUAAUAUCAGCAAAACAUAUUAUUUAUCGAAUUGAAGGCUGAUAGCUAUUUUUACUGCGAGAAAAUGCUAGAAAUGGUUAUAUCUGGUGGUUUUUGUUAAAUUUAAAAAAUGGACAAUGUAGUUUUUCAAAUUUAACAAAAAUAUAGAGAUAUGUAUAAUCACUUUCCACACAGUGCAUUUCUAUGGCAUCUCUGCGGUUUUUUAAAAAAAUAAAACGGCUUUCAGCACCAUACAUAGAAAUUGUGAUAUAUAAUAAUAAUAAAAUGAUUACAUUAUUUGUAAAAUUGU